UUCCACCACACCACACACACACACACCGCUUUCCUUCAUAUUUCUUAGAUUCGCCGGCGAUCUCUCUACGCCGGAAACCUAACUCCCUCGGCUGCCAGAUCCAUUCGCCUUCUCCUUCUGCCACUCUUGAAGACUGUCCUGGUUUCUCUCCCUCGGAGAAAAUUUUAAAUCCUAGCUCUGGCACAGAUUUUGGCGAUUUCGCUUCUGCUCUCUUCAUCGGACUAAUCUGUGUGAACAUAUGGAGGCAAUUGAAGAACUGGCUCAGCUAUCAGAUUCUAUGCGGCAAGCCGCUGCCGUGCUUGCCGAUGAAGAUGUUGAUGGGACGACGCCUAGUAGGCGGCGUUCCACAUUCCUCAAUGUCGUCGCACUAGGCAAUGUCGGUGCUGGAAAAUCUGCUGUCUUGAAUAGUUUGAUUGGACAUCCAGUUUUGCCAACUGGUGAAAAUGGUGCUACCAGGGCUCCCAUAAGCAUUGAAUUAAAUAGAGAUAGCUCUUUAAGCAGCAAGUCAAUCAUAUUACAAAUUGAAAAUAAAUCUCAACAGGUUUCUGCAAGUGCUCUUCGACACUCUCUACAGGACAGGCUGAGCAAAGGUUCAUCUGGCAGAAGUCGUGAUGAAAUAUAUCUUAAACUUCGUACUAGUACUGCUCCUCCGUUGAAGUUGAUUGACUUGCCUGGACUGGACCAACGAAUUGUGGAUGACAAAAUGAUCAGUGAAUAUAUCGAACACAACGAUGCCAUUCUGCUUGUGAUAGUUCCUGCCGCCCAGGUGCCAGAAAUUUCAUCUUCACGAGCACUACGAGUAGCAAAGGAGUAUGAUGCUGAAUCCACCAGGACAGUUGGAGUUAUUAGUAAAAUUGAUCAAGCAGCUUCAGAACCAAAAGCGCUUGCAGCUGUACAAGCUCUUCUUUCGAACCAGGGACCCCCAAAAACUUCUGAUAUCCCAUGGAUUGCAAUAAUUGGUCAAUCAGUCUCAAUAGCAUCUGCACAGUCUGGUGCUGGGUCUGAAAGCUCUUUAGAAACCGCUUGGCGAGCAGAGACUGAAAGCUUGAAAUCAAUAUUGACUGGAGCCCCACAAAGCAAGCUUGGUAGAAUUGCCUUGGUUGAGUCGCUUGCCAGCCAGAUUCGCAAUCGUAUGAAGCUCAGGCUUCCAAAUCUCCUUUCUGGUCUUCAGGGAAAGUCUCAAAUUGUUCAGGAGGAAUUAAUGAAGCUUGGUGAACAAAUGGUUAGUAGUCCUGAAGGUACAAGAGCUCUAGCCUUGCAGUUAUGCCGUGAAUUUGAAGACAAGUUCCUCCAACAUCUUGCUGGCGGCGAGGGUAAUGGUUGGAAAGUUGUUGCCAGUUUUGAAGGCAAUUUUCCCAACAGGAUUAAACAACUUCCUAUAGACAGACACUUUGACAUAAACAAUGUUAAAAGGAUUGUCCUAGAAGCAGAUGGAUAUCAACCUUAUCUUAUUUCUCCAGAAAAAGGGUUGAGGUCCUUAAUCAAAGGUGUUCUUGAAAUGGCAAAGGAGCCAUCACGUCUGUGUGUUGAUGAGGUGCAUCGUGUACUUUUGGAUAUAGUUUCUGCUGCUGCUAAUGCUACACCUGGUCUUGGACGAUAUCCUCCAUUUAAGAGAGAGCUUGUGGCGCUUGCAAGUUCUGCCCUAGAUGGAUUUAAAAAUGAAUCCAAAAAAAUGGUGGUGGCUUUAGUUGAUAUGGAGCGUGCAUUUGUUCCACCCCAACACUUCAUUCGCUUAGUGCAGAGACGAAUGGAAAGGCAGCGCAAAGAGGAUGAGCUGAAGAACCGGUCUUCUAAAAGGGCUCCUGAGGCUGAACAGUCUGGUCUAAAUCGGGCUGCUAGUCCUCAAACUGGUCAACAAAGCGGAGGAAGCUUGAAAUCAAUGAAAGAUAAAUCUGGUCAGCAGGACAAGGAUACACAAGAAGGAUCUGGUUUGAAGACGGCUGGGCCUGAUGGAGAGAUAACUGCAGGUUACUUAUUUAAAAAAAGUGGAAAAACUAGCGGCUGGAGUAGACGAUGGUUCGUUUUGAAUGAGAAGACUGGAAAGCUUGGUUACACCAAAAAACAAGAAGAGAGACACUUCCGAGGAGUCAUUACAUUAGAGGAAUGCAACAUUGAGGAAAUCUCUGAUGAUGACGAAGCUUCAGCAAAGAGCUCAAAAGAUAAAAAGGCCAAUGGACCUGAUUCGGGAAGAGCAUCCAACCUUAUAUUGAAGAUAACCAGCAAGGUCCCCUAUAAGACUGUUAUGAAAGCUGAAAGUACAGUUCUGUUAAAGGCUGAGAGUGUAGCAGAUAAGGUUGAGUGGCUAAAAAAGCUAGGAAAUGUUGCACAUCCUACAAAAGCUGGUCAAAUAACGGGUGAAUCAGGUCUUCCUAUGCGACACAGUCUUUCUGAUGGUUCCCUUGAUACUAUGACUAGAAGGCCUGCGGAUCCAGAAGAGGAGCUUAGAUGGAUGGCCCAAGAAGUUCGUGGUUAUGUUGAAGCUGUUCUUAACAGUCUUGCAGCUAAUGUCCCCAAGGCUGUUGUUCUUUGCCAAGUGGAGAAAGCCAAAGAAGACAUGCUUAACCAGUUGUACAGUUCCGUCAGUGCACAAAGCUCGGCAAAAAUUGAAGAGCUGCUCCAAGAGGACCAUAACGUGAAGCGUAAAAGGGAGCGCAUUCAGAAACAGUCCUCUCUUCUUUCAAAGCUGACUAGGCAGCUUAGUGUCCAUGACAAUAGAGCGACUGCAGCAUCCAGUUGGUCUGAAGAAGGUAGCACAACAGAAAGUGGCGGAAGUUAUGGCUCCUCGUCUGGUGGUGAUUGGAGAUCUGCAUUUGAUGCUGCCGCAAAUGGUUCCAUUGACUCAUCAUCUAGGUUUGGAUCUGGUGGACACAGUAGACGAUACAGUGACCCAUCUCAAAAUGGUGACACGAGUUCAGUUUCAAAUUCUAGCAGUCGCCGGACACCAACUCGGCUGCCACCAGCACCUCCAUCUGGUUCUAGAUAUUAGAUAAAGCUACUGAUCAUUCCAAUUUUUUAUUUUGUAUUCUUGUUGGGUGGAUGCUUGAGUUUUUUCCAGUCUUGUAUUGACAGUCCUACAUCCUCUCUUCAAGUUAUUAGAAAUGGGUUAGGUGUGUAGAUAAAGAUUGCUAAUACAGCCAUAUUAUCGCCAUACAUGUUUCUCCGCUUUCGCCCAUAUUGGAUGUUCGGGGACAAUGUCGGAUAAGAUGGUAUUGUGUCUGCCCGACAUUUUUUUCCUCUAAUAUAUGUAAUUUGUUUUGUAUCAAUGUGAUUACCAGAGGAUAAAUUGUAUCAAUACGCAUCAAGUGGACAUUUUUGCUUAAA